UCGAAGAAAGAUGCUUCGUUUUUUGCUGGUGUUCUUUUCCGCCCUCUUCGCUAUCGCCUUGGCAAACGUCCCACAGACGCGGAAUGUAGAGAAGGCGGAGGGAUUUUCAAAUGAGCUGGUGCAGAGAAAUGAGAAGCUGCUGGACCGAUUGACAAAACUCGUCUACGAUCAGAUCGUUGAAAUUAGGAAUCUGGUGAUGGAGCAAAACGAGGAGCAGAAGAAAAACUUCAACGCGACUAACCGAAAAAUGGAAGAAUUGGCCAAUCUCGUCGACAAACGCCACAAUCAGACUUUGGAAACUUUCAAUCGGAAGCUGAGCGACUUAGCCAAACAGCACCAAAAAGAGUUUGAGGAUAUCAAAACCUCCAUUAGAUGCACAGCUGCCAGAAGAGCCGAUCUGACGAUGCUGGCCAAUGGCAAGAAGUAUUCCUUGCAUGAAACUGAAAUGUCCUGGUAUUAUGCAAAUGAGACUUGCGUCAGUCAAGGACUGCACUUGGCCACAAUCAAAGACCAGAAGGACGCAGAAGUCGUCGCAAAACACUGCCAGCGAGUUGCUCAAUGGUACGGUUUUUGGGUUUCGGCGAAAAACUCUGCAAGUGGAGUUGAAAAGGACUUCAGGUGGCACGACGGGACCAAGUUGGAGCUGGACAACCAGUCGUGGAAGGACGACGCGGAAAGGACAGAGGAUUGCGUCUUCAUCUACAAUUGGAGCGACGGAAAACUCAACACCAACUCGUGCGCCGGUACCUGGUACGUAAUCUGCGAACUUCCAAGCGAAUGCUACUGAUCAAGUCGCUUUCAAUUAAAACAUUAAUUACUUCACAAAAAUACAGUUUAUUUUCUAAUUAUUUAACAAAUUUGAUUUUUGCCAUUGUAUUUUAAAUCUCUCAACUUUUUUUUCUUUGAAAUGUUUUUGAAUUGGAAAAAAAAUUAAAUAAGCAGAUAAAUA